AUGCUGGCCAAAUGUCUGGGGAAGGUUGGUUCUGUCUCUCAAAUUGGGUCACGCAGUUUGUCCACCGAUGUGCGGCGUGUUGUACUCAUUCCAGGUGACGGAAUUGGUCCGGAAAUUUCGAAAUCCGUUCAAGAAAUAUUCGAGGCAGCUAAAACUCCUAUCGAAUGGGACCCCGUAGAUGUGACGCCAGUCAAAGGAGAUGGCGUGUUCCGGAUUCCUGCACGAUGUAUCGAAUUGAUGCACACUAAUAAGGUUGGUCUCAAAGGACCUUUGGAAACUCCUAUUGGCAAAGGUCAUCGAUCUCUCAAUCUUGCGGUUCGCAAAGAGUUUAACCUUUAUGCAAAUGUUCGCCCGUGUCGAUCACUUGAAGGUCACAAAACGCUUUACGACAAUGUUGAUGUGGUGACCAUUCGUGAAAACACGGAAGGCGAGUAUUCUGGAAUUGAGCACGAGAUAGUUCCUGGUGUCGUCCAGUCGAUCAAAUUGAUUACCGAAGAUGCGUCUCGUCGUGUCGCCAAAUACGCAUUUGAGUAUGCUCGACAAAAUUCACGAAAAACUGUGACUGCAGUUCAUAAAGCCAAUAUCAUGCGCAUGUCCGAUGGAUUGUUUUUGCACAUUUGCCGAGAGCAGGCAUCACAGUACCCUGAUAUUAAAUUCAAGGAGUCCUAUCUCGACACGGUUUGCUUGAACAUGGUGCAAGAUCCAAGUCAAUAUGACGUCCUCGUUAUGCCGAAUCUUUAUGGUGAUAUUCUGUCGGACUUGUGUGCAGGUUUGGUAGGAGGGCUUGGAGUCACACCGUCUGGAAACAUUGGCGAGGACGCGGCUGUAUUUGAAUCGGUUCACGGUACUGCACCAGAUAUUGCCGGCCAAGAUAAAGCUAACCCAACGGCUCUGUUAUUAUCAGCUGUUAUGAUGCUAAGAUACAUGAACAUGAACUCGUAUGCCCAGAAAAUUGAGCGUGCAGUGUUUGAUUCAAUUGCCGACGGAUCAGCAAAAACAGGAGAUCUAGGAGGUAGUGGUACGUGCUCGUCGUUCACGGCAGAUGUUUGUGCUCGCAUUCGCAACAUGGACUAA